AUGUCCGUAACUUCUACCUCCACCGCUUCCUCCGUGUCGGCUACCUCCAGCUGCCAUGCCAAGCUGUACGAUAUCCCGACCCACGAUGCUGCAUGUGCGAUGCCUAUGCAGAGCAACAACUCCGCUAUCAUGAGCAGCUGCUGCUCCGAGGCAUCCGUCGUUGAGUACGAUGGAUGCGACUACUACUGCCUUGCCCAGGGACAGAGUGUCGGCACCCUUGCUGCCUGCCUGAUCAAAGCCUCCGAGGCUGGUGAGGUCUGGUGCAAUACCAACGCCAAUGCUACGGCUACAGCUACAGCCACUGCUACCGGAACUGGAAUCUUGACCCUGAGUACUGGCGUGGAUGUUACUAGCUCAGCCACUUCGAGUGGCUCCACCGCAACCUCGACUGCAAAUGCUGCUGCUGGUAUCAUUGCGUCUCGCCCGCUGUCCAAGUCUGCUAUUGGCAUAGUUGGUAUGCUCCUGGCUGGGUCUGCAGCAGGUCUUCUCCUUUAA